AAUAAGAUUACUGUGUAUGAAAUUUCUACAUACAUCAAGCGUGUUGAGGACACUUGCCAAAUAUUCCUACCACUAAGAAAACAGACAUCCCUUUUCAGCCCAAUCAACUCUUAAUUUUCCUCACCAUUUGCUUUUGCUUGCUUUCUAUUUCACUUCUGUCCAAAGGUUUUCAUUCCAUUCAUUCUUUUGUUCUCGGUCGGAACACAACAGUAGCAGUGGAGAAGAUACCGUGGAUGGCAAUAAUUCGAUUACCAUGUGAAUCACCCUAUCCGAAAACAAACAACAAAUCCUCUGGUAUGCAAUCUGUAGGUGAAAGUAAACCAAAGGUCGGGUUGAAUUGAGGACCACCAAAACCAAACCAACAAAAAAAGCUCUCCAAUUUCCCACUGGAAGUGUAAUUGUACGUGUAUGUGUGUGUGUGAUGUGAUUUUGUAUGUCCCUGCCGAUGAAGUGUGAUGAGAGGACGGAAGCAAACCAACCGUAGGAUAAAGGCAACCGAGCGAAGCGACCCAAAAAUGGCCCCAAAGGGAUCGAAGCUGAUGGGAUUGCUAAUCAUGUUUUUAUGAGCAUCGGGAUGCUUACUUUCCUUUAUGCACUACUCCCUGAUCCCUGCUAGUGGCUAGUGGAAAAUUGAGUGGAACAAAAACAGCAGCGCCUCGGCACACAUCCUUUCCCAUCGCACACAAGCUCGGUGGACUGAUGCAAACGAAGGCCAUGAAGAUGCGCAUGAAGUACGGGAAGCUGUUCAUUUUCUUCAUGAUCUGCUUCAACCUGAUCGUGUUCUACUAUUCGUGGAAGUACUUCCUUACCAGUGGCCACUACCUGGCAGAAACGCUUACCGGUGGCGACGGUGUUCGGGGACCGGGCCUUCCGAGACAGCUCGGUGCGGCACCCGACUCAAUCCCGCUCGUAAGCUACGAAAGCUCGUACCGGGUGGGUGAUCCAGGUGGUGCUACGCUGAAUCGUAUGCGGCUCAAACCAACCCUGACGGAGGAUGCCGAGGGACGCCCGAACGCUAAGGAACGUGUGCAGCAUACUAAUGGCUUCCUGCGGAAAAGUAUCACGUUCGUGUUUCGGGACUUUUACGACUUCGAUAACGAUCUGCUGCAGUCGAUCGGUAGCGUGACGGCACUCAUACCCGGUGUGAGCGUGUUCGUGAUCGCACCGGAAUUACCCUAUCCACCGCUCGAUAUCUUCAAUCCACCACAAUCGGUCGGUGCGGGUAAUCAAAGUUCCGGGUCGCGAUCCACCGUACCGGCCUGGUUUACCGAGGGUAGCAAUGUGCGGUUCUUUCACCUGGCGUACGAUGUCACAAAAACGCUAAAGGAUACAUUUCCGGUGCUUCAUGUCACUACGCGCUACGUCCUCUUUAUGCCGGACAGUGUGCGUCUUACGGGGCGCGGUUUACUUUCGCGUAUGUUGCGCGAAAUUGACACACCGUCCGGUAGUGAGCUUUUGCUGCAGCAGCAUCAACAUUUGUUGCUGAAGCAGAACGGACACGGUGGUGGAUCGUUCGAUCCGAACCGGAAACCGGAACGGCGCAUCGUUGCUGUACCGUUCGGGUCAAAUGCGAAGGGUGCAGCUAACUGUGUGCAGAUGCAGCUGGAUCUGCCCAACUGGACGCUGGAGUACGUGACCGGGAAUGAAACGGAACGCUGCGAUAUGUUCAAACAGAAGCACGCCAUCCUGGUGGAGACGGAACUGCUGAAGGAGAUGCCCGACGCACUGGCGUCCCCCUUCCCGGAUGUGUUCUACAUUCAGGCAAAGCUGGCUGGCGUCAAGAAAGUACUACUGAAUGGAGCAUUUCAGGAUGGCCGCAAGCUGUUCACCUCUUAUCACACGAAGACGAAACGACGCAACCAGCGCAAGGAACAGUUUAAGGCACUGUACCGUCGUCUGCAGGUGAAGAAAGUGAUCCGCAAAAACUAUCUGUACGAUAAGACGCUUGGCCGGGGUGCAGGAGCAGCUCCGUACGGUUCCUCGGCCGCUGCCGCCAGUGCCCGGCGCAAGUAUGUCAAGAGCUACGAACACAACAAUCAAACCAUCUCGCUGCUGACGGAGAUCACGUUCUACGGUUGCGAGAAGCAAACGCGUAGCUGCAUCGGACAGGUGCACAAUGGGCGACCGUUCUAUCGGUACCUUGGCCGGAACACACCACCCUGCUGCAUGGAGAAGCUAAAGGCCGUCUUCCGCCAUGUGGUGGAUGAGUUCGAAAACGUGGGCAUUCGGUAUUGGCUCGAUAAUCGUGCUCUGCGUGAUGCGAUCGAGCUCAAAGGACUGUCACCCGAUGCGUACGAAAUCGAUCUCAGCUUCAAUGGGGACGAUGUGCAGCGUUCGGUUGCAUUACGCAAAGCACAAACGCGCCCAUACACCGAUGAAGCUGGCUUCCACUGGCUCAAAGCAACGGAUGGACACUAUUUCCGGGUGCAGUUCUCCAAGGUGAACACGAUCGCCGUUAAUCUGCUUCCGUUCGAUCUGUCCAGUGGCGAGUUGGUACGACCGAGCGGUUUUUACGGUUGGAAGGCGCGCAAGUUUUCGGUUGAAUUCCUACACCCAAUGUCGACUGUGCUGUUUCUCGGUAAACCCAUCAUGUGUCCGAACAAUGUGAUAGAGUAUCUCGAGGUGAAGAAGGUAAAGUAGAACAUGAAGGAGAACAAAUAUAGGUAGCGCUAGGUUCAAGAAUGGUAAUUGAAAUGUAGUAAAAGUGAAGAAAAAAAAACACAAAACAAAACAUAAACAUUGUAAAUAUUAAUUCGCAACUGUUAGUGCAUCUCAAGGAAGACACCAAAAAUCCGUGCUAAAUUAAACAAAAGCAAAUUUAUUCACGUUUAUAUCGGGCUUAUUUUAAUUUCCUCCUCCUUACGCUUAACAUAAAUUAUAAAGCAAUAAUAAACUGAUUUUUGCAAUUGGAAUUUAUAGAACUUUUUUUUCGUUUGAAGGUGCGCUUUUUGAAAUGUUUAGAAAAAGGGUAAAAUUCUAAUACCGUAGAGCGAAUGUGAUAAACUAAUGUAAGCAGCAAACCAGAUUAUAUAUCAAAUUAAAACAAUAACAAAACAAACCAACCCUACUUUAAAGAUCUGUAAAUGUCAAACAAUCAACAAACACAGAAAAACUCAAUAUGAAAUACAAAAUAAUAAUACAAAACCAGCUACAAUAUCCGUGUGCAAUAGAAAUCUGUCAACAGAUUAGAAGCUAAAAUAAACAAACGUAAAACAAUGCAGAAUCCAUUUUUGUCAAUUAGUAUAAUAAAUUGUGAAAAAAAAACAGUAAGCAAAAUUACAAUGUAAUAAAAAAUUACAAUGUAAUACAAUUUUAUGGAAUUUAAUGAUGCAAAAACAAAACAAACCAAGAACAACACAAACCCAGAAAACUACAAAUUUAACAAAUAGUUGAUAUUACUAAAACAACACGUGUGAUGUUAGUAUUACGUUUACAAUUCCUAACAACCUGUCAUAAAUGAAUUGCAUCAUAAUUGAACUUUUUUCUACUUACGUGGUUUGCUUAGGACAGUUUCCUUGAAAAAAGCUUCUAUUUUAACAAACAUGGUGCUAACAUUA